AUGGGUGUCCGCUGCCUCAAGGUCUCCGGCAGCAAAGUCUUCUCCGGGUUGCUCGACUCGUCGAUCAAGGGUGUGCUGGUCCUCGACUACGACGACGAGCUUCAGCUCCUCGUCAGCGGCAGCAUGACCUUCAGCCUGCGCGGCCACACCGACUGGGUCAACGACCUCAACAUCCACCGCAAGUCCAACACCAUGUGGACCGCCUCGGACGACACCACCGUCUGCCUCUUCGACCUGCGCACGAAGAAGCGCAUCAAGACGUCCAAGGGCCACGUCGGCCAGGUCCAGCAGGUCCUCCUCAUGUCGGCCGACUUUGGCCCCAACGAGGAGAGCGACGCCGCUUCGAUUGAGAGUGGCCGCAGCCUUACCCCGCCGACGCAGUCGCCCAGCCACGCCUCUCAAUCAGCGGCUAUGGCUCCAGAAACGGAGAAGCCGAUUCUGCCCGGUCUGACGGGCGACUCGCUGCACCAGGCAUCGGGGAGCCAGGACAGCAGCAUCAAGAUCUGGGAGCCCAAGCCAGGCGCUUGUCAGACGACGUAUAGGGGCCACCCUGGCCCGGUAUCGGCGGUCAUAUUUGACGACACGAAGUUCGUGUCCGCGGGCGAGGAUGGAAACUUUAUCGUGAGGUCGUUCGAGGCGGACGGGCUGCUAGCUGCCUGCGGGGAGUUGUCCGUCGACGCCGCCUGA